ACGACGAGUAACCAUCUAGACCUUAUAACUACCAUCUUGUUGUAUCUCUCAACAAUAGCAACGACAACGGGCUCGACGGACACACUGGACACAGCAGCAGCGAUUGGCACAGCACCUUGAUCACGACCUAACCAACACCCAUACCACCUUACACAUCCUACACGUCCCGCCCAUGUCCCUGCCACCACUGCGACCAUGAACACGGAACACGACGACGACCUGGUAGACUACGGUAUUGACGACGAGGUGCCGGACCACGAGAUGGCGAGCGUGAGCGUCAAGGCCGAGGAGGUCGACGCCGACGAGUCGCGCACGUCGGCCGCGACAGACGCCCUGCCUACCGACACGGAGCUGCGCCUGACGCGUCGGGUGCUCGACCUCGAGCGCGAGCGCGAUGCGCUAGCUGCCGAGGUCAAGACGCUACGCGCGAGAUAUCCAGCCCACAGCACAAGGAUACCCGUGCCCUCUGCUGGUGGUGAACCCGACGUCGCGCCGGCCCCACAGCAGCCCAUCACGAUCCCGCACGACCUGAUCCCCGUGCUCGCCCUGCUGCGCCAGCACAUUGCCGAGCUGACCCGCGAUAACAUGGCGCUGCGGUACACGUUCCUCGGGCCGUCGAGCUCGCGCCCCGAUGCCGUCUCGCCCGCCAGCUCGAUGGCGACGACCCCGCUGCCCGUCACCUCGCCCCUGCCGAGCGUGGCGGGCAUGUCGCCCAUGCCGCUUGCCGCGCUCGCGUCCCCGCCCGCGCCGACCAUUGAGAUCACGGAAGUGGGGCCCGCCGCUGCUGCUGGUGCGCCCGGCGUCGAUCUGGCCGCGGUCGUCGACCGCGUCAGGGUGCUCACGCUCGAGAACGAGGAGCUGGGCGAGAUGGUCGCUGAGGCUGGGCGCGCCGACGCAAGCGAGUGGCUCAAGACAUUGGAGGACUCGAAGCAGGUCAUCGCGUCCCUCGACUCGGACCUGCAGUACAAUCUCACCGUGAUCGACGGGCUGCGUUCCGAGCUAGAGUCGUACAAGACCCGCUUUGGGAGUGUCGACGCGCCCAAGGCCGCCGCGGUGUCGUCACCGCAGUCGCAGGACAAGAGCCGGGAUAACCGCGACCGCGACCGGAACCAGCCGCGCAACGACAGGCGGCGGAAUGGCGGCGGCGGCGGUGGAGGGGGAGGAGGAGGCGGUGGUGGCGGCCGGGACGACAGGUAUCGGCCGGAGCAUGGGCGCGACAGUCGGGACGGCCGGGACGGGCGUGAUCGGCGCGGUGGUGGUGACGGGCGCGGCGACGGGCGCAGUGGUGAAGGGCACCGCAGUGGAGGAGGUGGCGGUGGUGGCGGCGACCGGGGCGGCGGAGAGCGCAGGGGCCACGAGGACAAGCCCGUACCCGCCAGCCUGGCGAUUCUGGGCCGCGCCAACGCACCGGGGGAGAACGGAGGGGCUAGCAAUGGGACUGGGGCAGGCGCGCGGCGCGUCGACGACGACCGCGCGAGCAAGCGCAGGAGAUAG